UACCCGGUCAACAUUCCGCGUCGCUCCACAGGUGGCGAAUCGCAUCUCUGCAUGUCUGGCAGACAUAUCAGUGUGGAUGACGGAUCACCACCUCAAGCUGAACCUCGGCAAGACGGAGCUGCUCUUCCUCCCGGGGAAGGACUGCCCGUUCCAUGAUCUCGCCAUCACGGUUGACAACUCCAUUGUGUCCUCCUCCCAGAGCGCUAAGAACCUUGGCGUGAUCCUGGACAACACCCUGUCGUUCUCAACCAACAUCAUGGCGGUGGCCCGUUCCUGUAGGUUCAUGCUCUACAACAUCCGCAGAGUACGACCCUGCCUCACACAGGAAGCGGCGCAGGUCCUAAUCCAGGCACUUGUCAUCUCCCGUCUGGAUUACUGCAACUCGCUGUUGGCUGGGCUCCCUGCCUGUGCCAUUAAACCCCUACAACUCAUCCAGAACGCCGCAGCCCGUCUGGUGUUCAACCUUCCCAAGUUCUCUCACGUCACCCCGCUCCUCCGCUCUCUCCACUGGCUUCCAGUUGAAGCUCGCAUCCGCUACAAGACCAUGGUGCUUGCCUACGGAGCUGUGAGGGGAACGGCACCGCGGUACCUCCAGGCUCUGAUCAGGCCCUACACCCAAGCAAGGGCACUGCGUUCAUCCACCUCUGGCCUGCUCGCCUCCCUACCAUUGAGGAAGUACAGUUCCCGCUCAGCCCAGUCAAAACUGUUCGCUGCUCUGGCCCCCCAAUGGUGGAACAAACUCCCUCACGACGCCAGGACAGCGGAGUCAAUCACCACCUUCCGGAGACACCUGAAACCCCACCUCUUCAAGGAAUACCUAGGAUAGG